AUGCCAGGUUUCACAUCGCAUCUGACGCUCAUACUCAGACGAUGCUUUACCCAUGGAGAUGUUAGAAUGCGUAACCUCUACUAUUAUGCCUUCUAUGUGAAUGUCUCCGUCACGGUCGUCGAAGUCAUGUCCAUCUUUUACCUCACUUACGCAAGUCGGAACAGGUUGCCUGUCGCCGCGACGAUCGGUAUCGGUGCUCUGCAGGUUGUGUUCACCUACACCAAAGCAAAUAAAUGCCAGCGUAUCUACGCGGUGUAUGAGGAACAGUGGCUUCAGAGGCUCAGUGGCGUCACCAAGUUGAUUUGGGGUUGUGCUGGGAGAGUAAUGGCCAUGGAUAAUUGGGAGAGAUGGAAAAGAGGUUUCUAG